AGGAUCAUGGAUCAGGAGCUGUCGCUCUUCCUUCCCGAGUCAGAACAACGGUCCCAACCGCAAGGGACAGAGACUCGACCACAACCACUACAUAGAACACAACCAGCGGACAGUUGGACUGAACAACCUCACUCUUGGUGGUCAUUAGAGAGACUGGGGGGAGUCCAGUCAGGGAUCCAGUCUGCAGCCCAGACCCUUCUCUUCACAGUCUCAGUGCAGGGAUGGAGCAGGGAAUGGGGCUGAUAGAUAGACCCUCCUGUUCCUAUGAUACAAACUCCACAGUAUCCAUGAUGAGCAGAGCAGAUCACCCUGGGAUUCAGAGGGAGCGCCCCCCCCCUAUCCACACGACAGGACAGUAGUGGAGAAGGUGGAAAGUUCCUCGGCGUACACAUCACAGACAAACUGAAAUUGUACACCCAUACAGACAGUGUGGUGAGGAAGGUGCAAUAGCGCCUCUUCAACCUCAUGGGGCUGAAGAAAUUUGUCUUGUCACCUAAAACCCUCACAAGCUUACAGAUGCACAAUUGAGAGCAUCCUGUCUGGCUGUAUCACCACCCGGUACGGCAACUGCACCGCCCACAACCGCAAGGCCCUCCAGAGGGUGGUGCGGUCUGCACAACGCAUCACUGGGGGCAAACUACCUGCCCUCCAGGACACCCACAGCACCCGAUGUUACAGGAAGGCCAAAAAGAUCAAGGACAACAACUACCCAAGCCACUGCCUGUUCACCCCGCUACCAUCCAGAAGACGAGGUCAGUACAGGUGCAUUAAAGCUGAGACCGAGAGACUGAAAAACAGCUUCUAUCUAAAGGCUAUCAGACUGUUAAACAGCCAUCACUGACACAGAGAGGGUACUGCCUACAUACUACCUAAAUCAUUGGCCACUUUAAUAAAUUAAUCACUAGUCACUUUAAUAAUGUUUACAUAUCUUGCAUUACUCAUCUCAUAUGUAUAUACUGUAUUUUAUACCAUCUAUUGCAUCUUGCCUAUGCCGCUUGUGGUGGUUCAUUUCUGUAUUAUCAAAUGAGGAGAGACAAACUUAUCACACAAGUCAGAGUUAUACUUAAACUGAAUCUUUAUUAGUGAGAGCUCUGCAAUAGCGACGGCUGGUCGACAAACCACCCUCAGAUGAUUUGUUGAGAGCCACGACACAAAGGCUACUAAAAUCUUUUAUAGCAAAGAUCCACUCCCUAGUCGACAUGACAAACAACAGAUGUGUGGAACGGGUCACAAGGUGAGACUUGAUAAAUGAGAAAGCAGUAUCCCGCAGCCAGAUAGCAUUUGCUAUGAAGACUGUUCUUAUUGUUCAGUUUGGCCCCUAAGACGAGGCUCCGAUCUCGUUCCUGGUACUUCAUAGCACAAAAACACCAACUCAUUCUGUGGCAUAAAUCAAUUGUCAACUCCAGAUACACCCAUCUCAAGUAUAACCCCUUCUUUACCACACGCCUGGACAAGCUCACUGAGGUGAGUGAGCCUCUAGGUCAUACACUAUCCCAGGAUAGGUGCAACAUCAGAGAUGACAUACAAUGGUUCCAGACACUACCCCACACAUCUUGUCUCAAACCUUAUUUCCCCCAAGGCCAAAGGAGAGAGUGACUGGCGCACAGACAUUGUGGAGACAAGUAGUUGGUUCCCCAUUAAUCACGCCAUUCCUUCACAUGGUUUAGAAAUAGGUAAAGACACAUUCACAUUUAAAGACAAUGUUCCCUCCUGUCCUCUUCUCUUUCUGAUAUUUUGCAUAGCACCAGGGACAUGUGAAAGACAAGCCUGACUUCUCCCCUCUAUGGGCCCCAGGUGACAGCCCCAGCUGAGGGUGGAAGUGAAACUGCCAACACCAGAGUCCGAAGGGCUGCAUUCAAAUAACUAUCAUAUUAGCAUAUUAUGCAGAUAAUACAUCUUAAUUAUCUAUGUUACCUAACAAAUUCUGAUUCUUACGCCACUUGCUUUUUCAUUGCUCAUCCAUAUAUUUAUAUGUAUAUACUCUUAUUCCAUUCCUUCCUGAGAUUUGUGUGUAUUAGGUCGUUGUUGUGGAAUUGUUAAACUACGUGUUAGAUAUUGCUGCACUGUCGGAACUAUAAGCACAGGCAUUUCGCUGUACUCGCAAUUAUAUCUAUGUGACUGAUUUGAUUUCAGAAGGUAUGCAGGGGAUGUCUGGGAACUAUUAUUUAGCAGAAAUAUUAUAGUUAUCAUGUGAAGUGUCUUGUGGUAAGAGAGUAAUUAACCACAUACCCCUCAUUAAUUAACACUUUGUUAACUUGUCAUUUGAAACAGGCUUGUGUAAAUACCUGUUUUUUACAGCGACAGUAAUCCUAGACUAGAACAAGCACUUGAAUAUUUACCUUACUGAGUAGAUGGAAUAAAGGAAUUAUUAUUUUCAACUCUAUUCUUGCUAACACACUGUUCGUUCUAAACAAGUAUUCUCUAAGCUUGAAAGAUAGUGAUCACGAAUAGAUUUGAUAUGUAACGUAAUAAUCAGUACCGUAUUUCAAAGAACAAGGCGCAUAACCUUUUCAGUUAACCACAGCCUUUGAGCUGUGAUGCCAACCAAUAAGAUUCUUUCUCUUCAGUGUAAGCGGAAGUGAACAGUUACCCAAAACAAUUAUCACGAUAGCGUUUUUAGUAUUGUUAUUUAGACGUUUAUUAACACCUUGGAACUCAAAAUAUGCCUAACUGCACAGAAAUACAUACUUAUCUCAGGUAGUGUUUAUUUCGCGUUGGAGACAGGACUUGGUUGCUAAAUGUUCUAGGUAAGGCUAGCUAGCUGCUAACAAUGGCUAACUGUAUGGGUUUUCACACUCAAAUAGCCUCCGUCAUGGAGGUGCUAGCGAAUGCCGCUGUGGCAGAGAUCUGUAAACUCGUAGAUGACGACUAUGCAGUGUUUCGUUUGGAAAUUACUCAAAGCCAGAAAGAAAACAAGACAUUGCGGAGGAAACUACAGCUGCUGGAACUGAAGGUGUCACGGGAGCGCGCAGAUAGGACCAUUCGUCCUAGAAGUGUCAAGAUCCUCGACCGAUACAGAGGAAUGGCAAGAGGUGAAGGACAUCUCACUGGAGGCCACAGGAGUUUUGUGAAGCCAGCAGGACACAACACAUGGAGAGAUGACCAACCAAUCACUGUUGAUGAGGGGAGUGGAACCUCAACCCAGCACGUUAUCAUGAUAGAGUCUGCAGAUGCAGAAGCUGCAGGUCCUGGAGGAUCAUCUCUGCUCAAGCAGGAGAGGACUGAAGGAGACGAUCCACAACAAAGCAGAAACAUCCAGACUGGAGCAGCGGCUGGAGUGGUGCCCCCUGAAUCCAUGGAGAACCUAUCCACCGCCGCCACGCCCCAGCCCAGGACCCGACACAGCAUCGCGGAGGAGGAGGGUCCAGAGGUGCUGCUGGGGAAGGAGGAGAGGUGUGAGGAGGGUCUGGGGAACCCUGAGGGGACGAUGGUCAUGGAGGACAACCAGACUACACCUCCUCCUGAACCCACAGAGGACCCAGCUGAACAGCACAGGACCACACACAGUCUCACUGAGUCAGUAGACAUGGAGGAUGGGAAGCCUGAUCUGUUGCUGGUCAAAGAGGAGACAAUAGAAGAUGGACCAGAGAGCAUUGAUCUGCUGAGUGGACUAAAGAUGGGGGAGCAAGAUGGUUGGUUGGAGGCUAACAGGGGAGACUGGGCGACCAUAUUAGAUUCCCAGACCCAGACCGGUGCAGCUAUUGGCCCAGGGGACGACAUCACUGAGCAGGGCUGGACCAGAGGUGACAUAGUGGAGUCUGCAGUCCAUGAGUACCUGCUGAUAUCCGGUGUUGCUGGCGGGAGAGACUGGACCUCUGAAUCGGCUGGUCACAAAUCCUGGCCCCGGAUCAGAACCCUGGAUCAGGAGCCAUCACUCUUCCGUCCCGAGUCACAACCAGGACCGAACCACGAGGGACAGAGACUCCACCACCACACAGAACACAACCAGUGGACAAGGGGACUGAACAACCACAAUCAUCGUGGUCAUCAGAGAGACGGAGGCUCCAGUCAGGGAUCCAGUCUGCAGCCCAGACCUUUCUCUUCACAGUCUCAGUGCAGUGAUGAAACAGGGCCUGGGGCUGAUAGAGAUAGACCCUCCUGUUCCUACACUACAGUAUCCAUGAUGAACAGAGCAGGUCACCCUGGGCUUCAGCCUUCACAGAGAGUGGUGGGAGACCCCCCAAGUGGGAGUCUAACAGGAAGUCUUUCUCCUUCAGGAUCUCAUCUACUGCCUGGUGAAUGGGUCCAUAGAAAGCCUGGACCUGGGUCUAGCCUUCCUCAGUUACCUCAUGGUUACCCCACCAAUACAGACAAGGUCAGGAUGGGUGUUCACCACAAGAUGUACUUAGCCUAUAACACAGCACACAAUCCCAACAACACCCAAACAAUGGUUAGAGGUCAAGGAGGAAGCUCAAAUACUAACCCCCUGGGGGUGGUGGCUCCUGCUUCUACCUCCUCUGGUGUCACUGGGUCACAACGUGUAAGGCCGAGCAUUAGGACAGACGCCGACAAGCCGUAUGCCUGCCCCACAUGUGGGAAGUGCUUCGCUGAGGCAACUUAUGUUAAGGAGCACCAGACCGUUCACACCAAGGAGAGGCCCUUCAAGUGUAAGCUGUGCUACAAGAGCUUCUCCUUCCGGAGUAACCUUAUCAGACACAGGAGUGUCCACAGUGGGAAGAAACCUUUCAGCUGUACCCAGUGUCAUAUGCGCUUCUCCCACUCGUCCAACCUGAAAAGGCACCAGAGGGUCCACACAGGGGAGAACCCUACAGCUGCCCCCAGUGUGAGAAGAGGUUCUCCCACCAGAACCAGCUGAAGAUACACCUGAAGGUCCACACGGGAGAAAGGCUGUUUGCCAGGAAGAGGUCCUCAGAAAGGAGCUACCUCAGGAUACACCAGCAGAAAAACCAUUCCACUCGAUAGCUUCUGACGUUUAUAUCAAACCCUGCAUUAAAGACAAAGAUGAAUUUUCAUUGUCAGCAGAAAAGAUCCACAGACGCAUUUGAAAUAACUAGAGUAGCAGAUUUCAGUGUUGAAUAUUCCUGGGUAAAAUACUGCAUCCAGACAUUGUGUGAUAUAUAAGCCUAAAAAGUCUGUUACAUAUUGUGUUUGUACUGUGUAGGCUAUAUUAUGUUCACAAAUGCCUAUUUUAUCAAGUUCAUGCAGAUUUUUUUCUCGAGACAGUACAAUGCAUUCAUCGUAAGAAAGCUGGGUAAAACAAUCAUAACACAGUCAUAGCAAGUACAUUUUCCCUCAAAGUACUUAGUGCCUUCAGAAAGUAUUAGCACCCCUUGACUUCUUCCACAUUUUGUUCUGUUACAGCCUAAAUUUUAAAUUGAUUCAAUGUCAAAGUGGAAAUGUGUUUUUCGAAAUUGUCUUAAGUCAAUAAGUAUUCAACCCAUUUAUUAUGGCAAGCCUAAAUAAGUUCAGGAGUAAAACUGUGCUUAACAAAUCACAUACGUUUUAUGGACUCAUUCUGUGUUCAAUAAUAGGGAUUAGCAUGAUUUUUCAAUGACUACCUCAUCUCUGUACCCCUCACAUACAUGUAAGGCCACUCAGUUGAGCAGGUAAUUUCAAUCACAGAUUCAACCACAAAGACCAGGGAGAUUUUCCAAUGCCUCGCAAUGAAGGGCACCUAUUGGUGGAUGGAUUUUUAAAAAAGCAUACAUUGAAUAUCCGUUUGAGCAUGGUGAAGUUAUUAAUUACAUUUUGGAUGGUUUAUCAAUACACCCAGUCACUACAAAGAUACAGACGUCCUUCCUAACUCAGUUGCUGGAGAGGAAGGAAACCGCUCAGGGAUUUCACCAUAAGACCACUGGUAACUUUAAAACAGUUACAGAGUGUAAUAGCUGUGAUAGGAGAAAAUUGAGGAUGGAUCAACAGCAUUGUAGUUACUCCACAAUACUAACCUAAUUAACAGAGUGAAAAGAAGGAAGCCUGUACAGAAUAAAAAUAUUCCAAAACAUGCAUCCUGUUUGCAACAAAGCACUAAAGUAAUAGUGCAAAAAAUGUGGCAAAGCAAUUCACAUGUUAUGUUUGGGCUAAAUCUAAUAAAACACAUUACUGAGUACCACUCUCCAUAUUUUCAAGCAUAAUGGUUGCUCCAUCAUGUUAUGGGUAUGCUUGUAAUCGUUAAGGACUGGGGAGUUUUUCAGGAUAAAAAAAACAAACUGAAUGGAGCUAAGCACAGGCAAACCCCUAGAGGAAAACCUGGUUCAGUAUGCUUUCCACCAGACACUGGGGGAUUAAUUCACCUUUCAGCAGGACAAUAACCCAAAAUAUAAGGCCAAAUCUACACUGAAGUUGAUUACCAAGACGACAGUGAAUGUUCCUGAGUGGCUGAGUUACAGUUUUGACUUAAAUCUACUUGAAAAUCUAUGGCAAGACCUGAAAAUGGUUGUCUAGGAAUGAUCAACAACCAAUUUGACAGAGCUUGAAGAAUUUUGAAAAGAAUAAUGGUCAAAUGUUGCACAAUCCAGGUGUGCAAAGCUCUUAGAGAUGUACUCAGACUCACAGCUGUAAUCCCUGCUUGACUCAAGGGUGUGAAUACUUAUGUAAAUUAGAUAUUUCUAUAUUUCAUUAGUAUAUUUGCAAACACUUCUAAAAAACGUUUUCACUUUGCCAUUAUGGGGUAAUGUGUGUAUAUGGGUGAGAAAACAAAUGUAUUUAAUCCAUUUGGAAUUCAGGUUGUAACACAACUAAAUGUGGAAUAGUUCAAGGGGUAUGAAUGCUUUCUGAAGGCGCUGUAUCAGCAAAAUCUGUGCUAGUAGGAAGAGACAUUUAAACGUUUUGGUGGUGGGGGGUGGGCACUGUGGGAUUAAUUUAAGGUACUCUUUGAAGAGAAAGGGUUUUAGGCGUUUUUGUAAGAUGGGCAGGGACUGCUGUCCUAGCUUCAAGGGGACACUUGUUCCACCAUUGGGAUGCCAGGACAGAGAAGAGCUUUGACUUGGCUGAGUGGGAGCUGAUCCCCCGUAGGGGUGGGACGGCCAAGUAACCUGAGGUGGCUCAGGUUCGGGUGUAGGGUUUUCGCAUAGCCUGAAAGUAGGAAGGGGCAGUUCACCUUGCUGCUCUGCAAGCACCAUGGUCUUGUAGUGGAUGCCAGCUUCAACUGGAAGCCAGUAGAGGAGCGGGGUGACAUGGGAGAACUUUGGAAGGUUGAACACAGGUGGGCUGCAGUGUUCUGGAUAAGUUGCAGGGGUUUGAUGUCACAAGCAGGGAGCCCAGCCAACAAAGAGUUGCAGUCAUCUAGACUGGAGAUGACAAAAGCCUGGAUUAGGACCUGCGCUGCUUCCUGUGUGAGGAAGGGUCGUACUCUACGGAUGUUGUAGAGCAUGAACCUGCAGGAGCGAGUCACUGCUUUGAUGUUUGCAGAGAAUGUCAGGGUGUUGUCCACAAGGUUCUUUGAAUUUUGGAGGUGGACACCUUGGAGUUGUCAACCGUGAUGGUUGUGUCAAACUGCAAUGCUGCUGGGUUUUUCACGCUCAACAGUUUCCCGUGUGUAUCAAGAAUGGUCCACCAACCAAAGGACAUCCAGCCAAUUUGACACAACUGUGGGAAGUAUUGGAGUCAACAUGGGCCAGCAUCCCUGUGGAAUGUUUCGACACCUUGUAAAGUCCAUGCCCAGGCGAAUUGAGGCUGUUCUGAGGGCAAUGUUUUGUACACUCAGUGUACACUUAAAUAUAAAUAAAUAUACCUACACAUACCCACACACUAACAAACAUCUACUGUACACAUCAAAAUAGUUUAGUCAGGUUUGUCUGAUGACUUGACUUUCUAUAGCUGACUCAUUUACCCACAUCAUAUUUAUUUACGAUGAUGGAUUUAAUAGAUACAGCAACAUCCCUCAGUGUCUUUGGGGAGGUGACAAAACCUUUUUUGAGAGGAAACUAUCUAAUUUGCCUCACAUCUUAAUUAAACUUGCAAUAAACAAAUUGUAGACUUUGAAAAACAUUACUCUGGUUGAAAACGAGCAGAAACAAAUGUUUACAGAGCAAAAGGGGAAGAUUUUAACAGUGCUAAAACAUGAGUAUAACACCUUACUACGAUCUAAUUUAUAAUGCAUCACACAAGAGUAACAUAUUAUUCUGAAGGGGAACAUGAUAGUAGACUUUUGGCUGCAAGGCUUAAGCAAAAUGAAGCCUUUUCUUGUAUCAAUACAAUUCAAACACCAUCUGCUAAGAUGUCACAUGACCCAGUAGAAAAUAAGGAUGUCAGAGGAUGACCCUGAUCAUAGUAAGAUGACACAUUUCUUAACAUUGGACCAUCCCAAACUCAAUCUGAAUUCCAUGAUUCUCCACUUGGUCUUAAAGAACUCAGGAGCGCAUUAACAUCUAUAAGAAGAGGCAAACCACCAGGGCUUGAUGGUUUUUCUUCUGAGACAUUUCUUGAAAUAUGGGAUAUUGUCGGGACACUAAUUCUUGGUUCCAUCAGUCAUGCAUUAAAACAUGGUGAAUUCCAUAGAGACCAAAACACAUCACUGAUUACAGUUUUGCUAACAAAGGGCAAAUCUCCCCUAGACUGUAAAAUGUAUAGGCCCUUAAGCUUUAUCACACCUGAGCUCAAGCUGUUUGCAAAAGGUACUUGCCAUUAGAUUGGAACUGCUUGUAGGAAAUCUAAUUAACGGUGAUCAAACUGGGUUUAUAAAGGGUUGUUCAGCUUCUGACAAUAUUAGACAUCUAUAUUCCAUAUCAUAUAUAUGAGUCAGACUAUUACCCAGUCCCUGCUGCAUUUAUUUAGUUUGGAUGCAGAAAAAGCCUUUGAUAUGAUAUAAUGGAACUAUCUGUGGUUUGUUUUGGUAAAGGAUUUACCUCCAUGUUAAAAACAUUGUAUUCUGCACCCCAAGCAGUUGUAACCAGACAGGAAACAUUUCAUCCAAGCCUUGACGUUUACAACGUUCCUCAAAACAAGGAUGUCCAUUAUCACCAAUGCUCUUUGCCCUGUCUUUAGAGCCCCUUUUUCAAGUGAUCAGAUUGGACCCACUUAUUUCACUCAUCAAUGUUAAAAAGGUUUGCAGCAUAAAGUGUCACUAUGCCGAUGACACUAUUGUGUUUCUCAGACAGCCCAAAUUCCCUUUGACAGAUUCUGAAAUGUACUAUUUUCAUUUUUUUUUCUGGAUAUAAAAUGGGCUGAACCCAAUUAGUCCACUGAUCAAUUGUUUGGUCGAUAGGCUGUUGGUCAACCAAGAUUAUUUCUGUAGAGCAGUUGCAAAUAUAUAUAUUUUUAUAGGCACACAAGACACCUGUUUUAUUCGCACCCAUCUCAGUUGACUAAUCCAUUGCGGAGGCCCGGGGGAUGGCACAGUCCAAGAAGAAGGGGAGUGUGGCUAAGAUGCGCAAUACGCUCUCUCCUGCAAAUUUGUGCACAAUCAUUGUUUCAUAACUAAAUUGUAUACAUUGUUUGUGUAUUUCAAUUCCCCAUUACAGUAGUACAUUUACCGUUAAUUGCUAUAAUUUCUAAUCUACAAUGUUUGUUUGGUUACGGUAAUUUAUGUUAAUACAUUCAAUAGCCUAUAUUAUUA